AUGCCCCUCCCCUUCACGCACAGCUAUCCUUCUCCAGCCAAGCUUGCAAACGGCGGAGAGGCAGUAUUCGACAUGAGGAGGCGCUCGUUCAAGGAACCACACCAAACGAUUGCAAUUCUGUUUCCUCCUGAUGUCAAGAGCGCAGUGAUCAUCUCCACUGCUCUGUGGCAACUACCCUGUCUUCAACUCGCUGUCCAUUCGCCCUCUGCUUUCUCCUCCGCCCUCCUCGUCUGGGUCCUUCCUGCCAUCAUGAUCACGCUAUCUCGCUUCUCUCUCCCCGUCGAGGACUGGUUGGACGAGGCCUCCGAUUGGGGAGACUUGACACAGCUGCCUGUCAAGUCUGGCGGCGAAGCGAACGCUGCAAAUACGCAUCCGACGUCAAAGCAUGGAUGGGUGACAGCCCCCCAGCUCCGGGUUGCGCCUCCGGGUUGCGCCUUCGAAGGAGGCUCAUCGUCAGACAACAUCGCCACCGCUCUGGAUGUUCUUCGCCUCAAGGUAAACCGACCUCCUCUGGCCCCCUGCGGCGAUUCCAAACGCAUUUCGCUCGAGAAUGUGGUGCAGAGCUGUUGGCCUGGUUCAAAUCGCAACAGAAAGAACUGA